CUCCGGAAACAUUAAGCUAAGUGAUACCAUCAUGGGUGGAAUAAUUGUGCUACUUCUGAUGACAGUCGGUCUUUUUGUUGGGGAGCUUGAAGGCAGAUCGAUUGUAUCGGCCGGUGAAUCAGGACUUCGGAGGGUGAUCAUCGAUCUGGAUGCUGGAGGUGAUGAUGCAUGGGCCCUCACUAUGCUGCUGAUGAAUGAGCAGAAGUUUAAUCUGAAGGUGGAGGCGAUAACUUGUUCCCACGGAAAUGGUGGGCUGGAAAACGUGGCCAGGAAUGUGGCCCGCAUCUUGGAGGGUCUCGGUCGAUGUGAUGUGCCCGUCUUCAAGGGAGCUUCGGAACGGUUGAUUACUCCUGCUCCUCCGAGGGAUGUAAAUGGGUAUUUUUGGGGUGUCGAUGGGUUCGGUGAUGUGGAAUUUGAAAAGGAACCAGAUAUGAGUGUCGUAAAACCUGGACAUGCCGUACUUAAAAUGCAAGAACUGUUAGAUAAGUUUCCAAACGAGAUCACCAUCAUCAGUGUUGGGCCACUAACGAAUUUGGCUCUGUUGUUGAAAAUGUUUCCGGAAUCCGGUAAAAAAAUUUCCAACGUCUUCAUUCUGGGUGGAAAUCGAAAUGCAGUGGGUAACACGGACUUCAGCGCCGAGUUCAAUUUUUUCACGGAUCCCGAAGCGGCAAAUAUUGUGAUUAAUAAUUCACCGGUUACGUUGCAAAUCUUCCCCUGGGAAUCGGUGCUGGCAAUGAAUAGAUACUUUAGCAUUGAGUGGCGGUUUGAGUUUUUCAACAAUACUAAGAAUCAAGCGAUUCAGGUGCUGAAUGCGGUCGAGAACUCUGUUUACGAAGGUGGAUCAAGUUGGUGGGAUCCUUGUGAUAUGUAUACGGUAGCGAUUUUUCUGAACCAAAGUUUGAUCGUGGAGUCGGAAGAUUACAAGGCCGAUGUUGAGUUGAGAGGCCAUCUGACACGUGGAAUGUUGACGCUACAGCAUCACAUCAAGAACGCUGAACACUUUAACGUGAACAUAAUCGACAGAAUUGACGCUGACCAGGUGAAGGAAAUGAUAAUGGACCUGAAUCGUGAUAAUUAGUUUAGUAUGACGUUUAAGUAUUUUAAGUAUCGUGAAGUAUUUUCCUGUGAGUUUUCGGUCUCCAUUUGUGAUAAUACAUGGAAUCUGAAAAAUGACUUAGUGAGUGGUUUAAGGAAAUUACAUAAAAUAUACCUAAAUAAACAAAAUUAUUCAAAUCUAUGAAAGGCUUGUUAUAUCUACAUAUAUGUCACACACAUAUGUGAAAAGAUUGUUGUGAAAAUCAGCGUAGAAAAGGGCACCGCUAAAAAAAUUAGGAUAGAAUUCAGUAAA